AUGGCCCCGACCAACGACGACGAGCGGCCUAAUGCAAACGAAAAGGUGCUGCAUGUGUGGUCUAAGCCGAUAGCGGAGGGCGAUCAGGUUCCCGGGUCUCAAGGGCCGGAUAAGAACCCGGACGGGACCCCGAGAGGCUCCAAGUCUGCCUUUACAGAGGCCGUGUCGAUGAUCAAGAAGGAGGAUUUUGCAAACGUUGCGAACACGCCUUGCGCGCGGCAAGGACUGUUGACGGGAAUUGGGGCGGGCGCCGGCCUGGGCGGCCUGAAGUUUGUGAUUCAAGGCAAUGCGACCAAAUCGGCCAAUUGGGCGGUUGGCUUCUUCAUUCUGAGUAGCAUAGCCUCAUACGAGUACUGCCAAUACCGACGGCGCGCCGAGAAGAUCCAGAUGAAGCGACACAUCGAGGUGGUGACGCAGAAUCGGAAAGAGCAGGCAAGGAAACUGGCCGAAGAGAGGCGCGAACAGCUGAGGAUAGAGGAAGAGCAAAAAGCACGAAACAGGGCUUGGUAUAAGUUUUGGUAA